AUGAAGACCACAGAGAUAAAACUAUCAGCAGCGGGCAUGUUGGCUCCUAUCGGAGACGAAGACGAGGGCCGGGUUGAGGUUGUGAACAAGUACCUGGGAACGCAAGACGACCGCUUGGAUAUGGACCGCCUAGGCAAAGUACAAAAGCUGAGACGCAACUUUCGCUUUCUCUCCAUCGUCGGGUUCUCGGCAGUGUUGGGUUCUACCUGGGAAUGGGCCUUGGUGGUGGCAGGAAUAUCGACGGUGAAUGGUGGGCCUGCGGGAGCCAUCUGGCUUUUUUUGAUCGUCUGCUUCGGCAUGUUCUUCGUCACACUUUCGAUGGCCGAGAUGGCAUUGAUGGCACCUACCAGUGGUGGACAGUAUCAUUGGGUAUCGGAGUUCGCGCCCAAGAAGUUUCAGAAGAUCGCCAGCUACGUAGUGGGCUGGCUAUGUGUUCUGGGCUGGCAAGGGGCUAUGGCAUCGUCGAUGUUUGCAGCAGCCCAACAGUUUGAGGCACUGAUUGCCUUGAAUAUCCCGACGUACUCCAUACACGGUUGGCAUGGGACCUUGCUGAGUAUUGCAAUCGCCCUGCUCGCCAUCGUCUUCAAUACCGUUCUUGUCCGAAAACUGCGGAUCUUCGAAGGUAUCGCCUUGGUACUGCAUGGAUUUGGAUUCAUCGCCUUCAUGGUCGUCCUCUGGCUCCUGUCGCCCAGAUCCGACGUUGGUCAGACCUGGACAGACUUCCAAGACAACACUGGCUGGGGAAACCCGGGACUCGCAACAUUGGUGGGCAUCCUCGGUCCAAUCGUUACGUUGGUCGGCGGUGACUCUGUCUGCCAUCUCUCGGAAGAGCUCCGGGACGCUUCGUGGGUUCUUCCGCGCUCGGUGGUUGUCUCCGCCAUCGUAAACUACGGCCUCGGAUUCAUCAUGACGGUGACAAUCAUGAUGACGCGCGGAGACCUCGAGACUGUAAUGGAGACGAACACUGGCCAGGUGUAUGUCCAAGUCGUAAUCAAUGCGACCCGGUCUCGCGUGGGCACAUCCAUCCUCACAGCAGCGGUCGCGGUGCUGCUCGUCUUCUGCUCCUCGAAUUCCGUAACCACUGCUUCUCGGCAGCUGUUCGCUUUCUCACGAGACAAGGGCCUUCCGUUCUCUAAGUGGAUAUCGACUGUGAGCGUUCCCUUCGCCCCCGGAUAA